CUUUUUUCCGUGUCAAAGUCGCGUUUUGCAGAGACCUCUCCUAAUUUCCCCACAUAGGAGUGCUUGUUUUUCUUUUGUUCCAAAUCCAAUUGUUUCUAUUUAUUUCCCGAGCUCUUUGUUUUGUACUUGGUAAAUCAAUAUUCCCUAGUGUGCUCUUUUUAAUACUAUAGAAAGUUUUGUCCUGUGCUCACAGAUGGUUGCGCCACGUGACUCGCAGCGAUGAGGUGAAAAAUAAAUUUUGCGUAUUUUUCACCAUCAAAUCCCACCUUUUCCUCAGACACAAUGGCUACUACCAAGAACAACACCAAAAAGACUGAAAAGCCAAAGGCUGCCCCGAAGGUCAACACUGAAAAGGCCAAGGUUGCCAAGCCAAAGGGCAAGGGCAAGUCCAAGACGAAGACCGACGUGACCAACGACACAUUGUACGUCAGAAACCUCAAUGAGAGAAUCUCCAUCAACAAAUUGAAGACCACGUUGACUGAAAAGUUCGGGGAGUACGGUGCCGUGAUCCAGGUUGAAGCCUAUAAUAAUCUCAAGAUGAAGGGCCAGGCCUUUGUCACCUUUAGCUCCGUGGAGGCGGCCACCAAGGCCAAGGCCGCGUUGAACGACUUUGAGUUGUUUGAGAAGAAGAUGGAGAUUCAGUUUGCCAGGUCCAAGUCUGACGCCUGGUACAAGCACAAGGCCGAAGAGACUGGCGACUUGACCCACGAGGAGAUGGUUGAGAAGAGAAAGAGAGAGAAGAAGGAGAAGAAGCAGCGCGAGAAGGAGCUCGAGGCCAAAAAGCAGCUGGGCCAAAUCUCAUCCAUCGAGUCUUUCUCCAAGAAGCAGGCCACGGAGGACUCCGACGCCAACCCGCCACACACCACCAUCAUUAUCCACGACUUGCCCGCCUCCGUCACCAACGCCAACAAGGACAAGAAGUUGGUUGCACUCUUCGAGAAGGCGUUCAGCUCGUUUGUGGAGGUCAGAUUGGUUGCCAUUAAGAAAUUGGCCUUCGUGGUCUUCGAGGACUUGGAGGACUCCAUCAAAGCCAAGAAGGACCUCAACGCUGGUUCCACCAAGAUUGAUGGGGGAAAGGUCAAGGCAACGUUUGCCAAGAAGUAAGAUCUGACUCAGCCGUGUAUAUUAGAGCAUUUGUAUUUUUAUUCCCGUGCUAGCUGUACUUGUAGU